CUCCGCUCUGCACUUCGGGACUAAACUUUGCGAUGGAUACAAAGAAAGCCCAGCAUUAGAAAAGUCGUCGUCCCCAUCAAACUGACUCUUUUACACGGCCAAUUAAAUAUAUUUUCCUCGAUUUGCUUUCCGUUUGGAGCUGUGAAACGGGGACAAACACGUCUGUUAAUCGAUCUGAGAUGAGCCAUCACGUCCGGCUACACAAAAAAGGAACAGAGUAGAGAAUCUCAGUGAAUGAUAAUCGUAAAGAUGCGGGAUACCAGCAACGCCCUCCGAAAAGAGGCAAGGACUAUAUAAGUGGGAGGGAAGAGCUCAGGAUCACUUCUCGCUGACAGGCGGCGGGUCAGUGGGUGGACGGCUCCGCCCGCACAGCACGACACGACACUGACAUCUCGCUGAGAAGCGAAAGCUUCGUAAUUCCCCGGAGCUCGGCUCUUGUGCAGGCGGGAAGGGACGGCAGCUGUUCGUGCCGAGAUGACUGCUCGCGCCCUUCACUGAAUCCGUCCACUUAUCUCCCCCCCCCCUUUUGUAGAGUUUUAUGAUUUUCUUUUAUCUUUUUCGUUUUGAUUUUUGAAAAAAAUACUUCAUGGAGCCGAAGGCUAACACGCGCGAAGCGGGGGCGCUGGCCGCAGGUACCGGGACCCCUGAGGAAGCCGGGGCCCCGAAGCAGGGGGUCACCGACAUGAUGGCUCAGUUAAUGAGGUUUGGUAAAACGCUCCUCUGGCUCAUGCCGAUUUAUCUGACCGGCUACUUCGGGCUGAGCGUGAGCUUUCUAGUUUUCGGGCUGAUACUGUGGAUGGGCUGGAAAAUGCGGAGGGAGAGCAAGUGGAACAGGCUGAAGGACGGCUUAUACUACUUGGAGAACGAAGAGACCGUCACUAGAAAAAGGACAAGCAAGAGCCUUCCAGCUUGGAUCAACUUCCAAGAUCUCGAGCGUGUAGAUUGGUUAAACAAGAUUCUGCAGCAGGCAUGGCCAUUUGUCGGCCAAUAUCUGGAGAAGCUGUUGGUGAACUCCAUUGCUCCCAGUAUUCGUGGUUCGAACAACCACCUACAAACGUUUGCCUUCACAAAAGUCAACUUUGGAGUGAAGCCUCUGAAGAUUCAUGGAGUACAGGUGCAUACGGGUGCAGACGAAAGGCAGGUCAUUCUUGACCUGCAUAUCAGUUACAUUGGUGACUGUGAAAUCAAUGUUGAAGUAAAGAAGUAUUUCUGCAAAGCUGGAGUGAAUGGUAUCCAGCUCCAUGGAAUGCUUCGAGUGAUUCUUGAGCCCUUAAUUGGAGACAUGCCAUUGGUGGGAGCAGUGACCUUGUUCUUCAUCCGACGCCCAGUGCUGGAGAUUAACUGGACAGGUCUUACCAACCUGCUGGAUAUUCCAGGGCUGAGUUCAAAGUCUGACACCAUACUUAUGGACACCAUUGCCUCUUUCUUGGUGUUGCCAAACCGGAUUACCUGCCCUCUUGUUGCAGAUUUGCACGUGGCUGAACUCCGUUCUCCUUUGCCUCGGGGAAUAGUGCGGAUCUACCUAAUUGAAGCAGCAUGCCUGGAGUCAAAAGAUACGUAUGUCAAAGGAAUCAUCAAAGGAAAAUCUGAUCCAUAUGCAAUUGUACGAGUGGGCACACAGACAUUCAUGAGCAAGACCAUCAGUGAGUCUGUGAAUCCCAAGUGGAAUGAAAUGUAUGAGGUGAUUGUCCACGAAGUUCCUGGUCAGCUGUUUGAAAUUGAGAUGUUCGAUAAAGAUCCAGAUCAGGAUGAUUUCUUGGGCAGAAUGCAGCUGGAUCUUGGGGAAGUGAUGAAAAAUCAAACUGUAGAUGAGUGGUUCACUCUAAAGGAUGUGGAGAGAGGAAAAGUUCAUCUGAAACUGGAGUGGCUGACCCUGUAUGCUGAUCCAGCAAAACUGGAGCAGGCACUGCUUAUAAAUAACUCCAUUGCUGCGCAGAACAGCGAGGAACCGUCUGCUGCCAUUAUGGUUGUCUAUGUGGACCAAGCACUAGACCUCCCGCUAAAACAAGGAACGAGGGAACCGAAUCCUCUGGUACAGGCUUCACUAUUGGACAAAACCUUUGAGAGCAGGACUGUAUAUAACACAAAUGCCCCAAUCUGGGAGGAUGCCUUUACAUUUUUCGUUCAGAAUCCAAAACAACAGGAGCUUGAUAUACAGGUUAAAGAUGAUGACCGUCAGUUUAGUCUGGGUUCCCUGUCCCUGCCUCUGUUGCAGUUACUGAUGAGCUCAGAUAUGACCUGGGAUCAGUGGUUCCCACUAGAGCAUUCUGGACGUAACAGCAAAAUUUAUCUGAAAAUCAUGAUGCGGGUCCUGAUUUCUGAUGCUGUUGAUCUAGAGAAAAUUCCCAGAGCCCGGAGAUCCACAAUGGAAAAAAAGCAGGGAUCAUCCAAAUCUGACAAGAUAAGCAUGACUGCUACUAAGUUAGUGGAGGCUUCUGGAGUGGGGAGCCUGAUUCAAGCUCCCUUACCAACAGAAAGCAGUGCCCCCAGCAGCAUGGGGACUGAGGGGGUGAUACGGAUUCAUCUGUUGGAAGCUGAGAACCUGAUUGCAAAGGACAACUUCAUGAGAGGAAUUGUGAAAGGAAAGUCAGAUCCCUAUGUUAAAGUGAGAGCAGGAGCCCAAGGCUUCCGAAGCAAAACUAUUAAAGAAAACCUCAAUCCUAAGUGGUACGAAAUGUAUGAGGUCAUUGUAAAUCACAUUCCCGGUCAAGAGCUAGAAUUUGAGCUCUUUGACAAGGACGUGGACAAGGAUGAUUUCCUCGGAAGAUUGAAGAUCAGCUACAAGGAUAUUAUGAAGAAAAAAUUUUUGGAUGAGUGGUUCAUUCUGAAUGAUGUCAAGUCAGGGAAACUUCAUCUCAAGUUGGAAUGGUUGCCACCAAGUAUGGAUUCAAUCAUCUUAGACCAGGUGCUUCAGGCCAACAAAACCAUUUUCACACAUAAUGAGGUGGAACCAUCUGCUGCCAUCCUGUCCGUCUACUUAGACAGAGCACAUGAACUUCCUAUGAAGAAAGGAAAGAAGCCCCCCAGUCCAAUGGCUCAGCUCACUGUCGACCACACCACAUAUAAAAGUCAGGUUAUUAAUAGCACAGACGUGCCUAUUUGGGAGGAGACAUUUUCGUUCCUUGUUAAGGAUCCAAACGUGGAUCAUCUGGAGGUUCAGGUUAAAGAUGACAGUCACACUCUGGGAACUCUUACCAUUUCACUCUCUGAAUUGCUGGCUUGCAAGAAUUUGACCUUAGACAAGUGGUUUCAGCUGGAAAAUUCAGGACCCAAUAGCCAAAUUUUGUUGAAGGUUAUCCUUGGGAUCCUAGUUUCUGAGCAUUCCAGGGAGCUUUUCUCAGUUCAGAACACAGCUCAAGGACCAACUAGUCAUGAGGUGGAGAAUGUGUCAUUCUCAGCUUCCGCUAGUGAUGAGUGUGAACCGAAACCAGUUUCAUCAUUAGUAAAUGAUCCCAGCAGCCAUUCAGUGGCCUCCCUUACUUCAGAGCAUAAUGCCAACAUUCCUGAAAGCGAGUCAGCGUCAUCAGAACAGGAUCUGCGUCAGAGAACAAAUCGCAAAAUGGAUGUUUCAGAGUCACCACAGAUCAAGCUGACUCUGCAAUAUAGUGUGCAACAAGAGAGACUGAUGCUUGUAGUCCAUUCCUGCAGGAACCUAAGACUCCAUUCCAAGGAGGUCCCGGACCCAUAUGUCUCUCUCAUUCUACUCCCUGACAAAAAUAAAGCGACAAAGAGAAAAACAAGUGUGAAGAAGAAGACAAUUAAUCCAGAAUAUAAUGAAACAUUUGAGUUUGAAAUAUCAUUGGAGGAAGCAGAGAAGAGGAAGUUGGAGCUCACAGUAAAAAAUAGUGUUUCCUUCAUGUCUAAAGAGAUUGGAAAGCUCCAUAUUGAUCUCUCACUACUUGACCUGACUCAGGAGGUAACACAGUGGUUCGAUUUGAAGGAAGAAUAGGAUGAUUCAGUCGCAUUAAACCCGUUGUUCAGUUUGUCUUUGGUUUAUGACCAACUAUUUUUAAAUGGUUUUGUUUCUACUGAAGUAUUUCAUACCACUAAGUAUUAUGUUAAUUUUAAAUAUUUUAUAUUCAAUUACUAUGUCUUUGUUCCUGUUUUAGCUUUAAUUCACAAAAAAAUUCCAAAGACUAUGAUCAGAGUAUUAAGUCAGUCACAGCUCAUUCUGUUUAUGUUCAUCCUUUUAUUGUUUGCAAACAAUCUUCUUAUUCAAGUACAUCUUGUUUAACUAUGAUCAUGAAGCUACUUGGUGAAUGGAAACGAACUACAACACCUAUAUGAAACAGUUUGGGAGAUCUUGAUGCAUUUUCGAUUGAGGGUUCACAUUACAAAACUUUAAUAUAAUGAGCAGGCUCAUUUCAGAAAGAUGGAUGGUAUGGAAACUAGAUAACUACUGCAGAAGAGGUUUGAAUUUAGGAUUGAGCUGGAACUAAUUUGACAGCAUCACUAUGCACUUAAACUGUGCAGUUCUCGACAAAGAGAAUAUUGAAGCGAUGGGGUGGAAAGUAGAUUUUUUUCCCCCAAUGAGACUUUUUUAAAAAAAAAAUAUUAAUACAAAAUAACAACUUCUAGUUCAUGAAAUGUAAUCCAAAAACUAUAUUUCAAUGUCUAUAAGCGAUUAUCCACAGCAUUGCUCAAAGACUUUCAGAUGAGGUUCAAUUAAUUGGUACUUGCCAUAAAUUAAAUAGUAUGGAGGCUAAUUCAAGACUGUUUAGGCCUCUAUUUAACAUUUGCAAGAGGUCUACUCUUUGUUUAGGUAGCUUAGAAUACCUUGAGGGAAGGGAAAUCAUCAUCAAUAUGGCAGCAUUUGGUAAAUGCAGUUAUUGAUUGGGUAAAAGAACACUGCAUUGCCACCCUCCAGGUUUUGCUUUUUGCUUCCAUUUUCUGUAGUGAGGACCAAUUUCUACCCCAAUUAACAUGGAAGUGUUCAAGGAUUUGAAUGUCCAAGUGCACAUAGGAACAACAUAUACUAAAAUAAAAUCAAAAUAUUGCAGCCGUUGGAAAUCAGAUAUAAAGAAAUGCUGGAAACAAGUAGCAGGUCAGGCAGCAUCUGUGGAAAGGAAAACCAGAGUUAAUGUUUUAGGAUGGGAACCCUUCAUCAGUAUGGGAUUUUAUUUGAAGUGAAAUUGUAUGGGCUAAUAACAUGGCAUUGGAAAAUAACCCUCAAAUUUUGAGAUUUGGCUAUUUACAGAUACUGGUAAAAUUGUCAAUAUAUUGAAAAUGUGCCUGAAACAGAGCCCCAGGGUUCAUCAGAUCAUGCCUUGGUUCAAGUUCUGGCAAGCUGCAGAAGUUGAAAGGUGUCACACUUCUGGUGUGGUGGUUAGAAUUUAGCAUGCCAGAUUGUGUCUAGAAAAUUACUUCCACCGAAAUGUCUAUUUUGUGUCCUGAAACCUCUGCAACAGGUAUCUUAAGGUUAACUGUGGACAGCCACCAGUAUAACUGCCAAUGGCCAGGAGAAAUCUUUUAGUUUUUUAAUCAACCAGGCUUUCCUCAAAUUCCAGACAACUCCCAACCCUGCUCUUCCACUUUCGUUUUCAGUGUUGGUUAUACUUGGAUUUAGUAAUGGACCUUCUCAAUCAAGGGGGGGAAAAAGAUGCCUUCUACCCCAUUUCUCAGAGCAAUUUGAUACCCAGUAAAUACGGUUGCCCUUCUUGUCUUAGCUCUUAAAGUACCAGUUUCAGUAUUCAGAGAAGAUAAAGACUUGGGAUUCUGAGUAGGGAGACAUUGAGAACUUAUGUAGAUUGAUAUCCCUCUUAAAUGCUGCAACCUAUUGUCUUCCAGUGAAUAAUGGAACCAGUGCAGGUCAUGGUAAGCAAUGGAUACUUUACAGUAGCAGAAUUGAAGCCAAAGUUGAUAAAUUGCAUUAAUGUCACCCAAGAAUGGUCCUAACCAGAAAAUAGCUGUCUGCAGAAAUACUUUGCUUAUUUCCUGGGUUAGCCGAAUGGUUGGGAACAAUAACUUUACAUGUGCCUUUUUUAAAAAAAAUAUUAUGUAUAUUCAAGAUUUACAGCUUGUAAAAGUCUGAAUGAAAAUAAAAAUCAUUAAGUUUCCACGAGGCAACAUUUUAACAUAUAGUUUUUAAAAAUACGUUUGAAGAGUAAUCAUGCACUAAUGGUGCUACAAGCUUUCAUCACUGCAAAAGUCUCUCACAUCGACAUAUCAUAACUCACAUAUUCAAAAAAAAAAUCCUGCUUCAGAGUUUGUGAUCACUUUGGUCUGAGCUCUAUUGCCAUUCCAUAGGCACAGAAAUAGUCUAAUGGUGACACAUCCAUACCCUUCAGUACAAUUGGCAACUUUAUUUCUUAGUUUUUAAUACUGUAUAUGAAAAAAAGGAAAAGGCAAGAGUAUUCAGCCCAUCAAGCAACUCACUUCACCCACUGUCCACAAAUUAUUUUAUUUUUGUACAGAUACUCCAAGCACCACCAAAUUCAUCCUUCACCUUCCUCAAAAGAAACCUAUCAAUCAGCUGUUGCUUUCUCUCUUAACUUAAAUUCCUAUCCAUGCAGCUCCUUUUAAGAAUUAAUAGAGACAAUUGCCUCCACCUAAAAAUCCGCUUUGCGUGUCCAUCUUUAAACAGUUGAAGUCAGAAAGGGAUUAUGGUUAACAAUUUUAAGCAGGUUGGAAUUUUGUAACUUGAGUAUACAAUUGCAUAUGGUAUGUUGAAGCUACAGGUACAAUUAUCCAACUGAAAUUUCAUUUGAAAUUUAAAAUUCUUAUUUGAAGUUCAAAGUUGCAACAGCCUUGUAGUCCCAGGUGAGAGGUGUGCAUUAUCAGUCAGGGGUGGUCGGUCUUGCAUUGUUUUUGAAUGUCAAAUAGGUUGGUGGAUUUGUAUGCAAAAAAUCAUGCUAAGUUAAACUUUGUUCCCCAAGGCUCAGUAUAUCAAAACUAUAAAACACAGAAUUUUCAUUUUUAAACUCAGUUGCUUCAAUUUCAGGGAAAAAGAGACAUUUUAAUGUUAUCCAUGUUUACAGUAUAGAAAAAUAAAUACUCCUCUUACUUAAAAUAAUGGCACUUUAGAAUACUGUACAUCGACCAGUCUUCCCAAACUAGAUUAUUUAGGAAAUUAUUACAUUAUAAAAUUUAAUAUUCAGCAACUUCAACAGUCAAGAAUGAUCACUAUAAAUCUAAGCAUUUUUAAACAAAAUAUUGUAAACUGUAUUACUAACCAAAGCCAUUAACCUUAAUAUUGAUUUGUUUAAAAUCCCAUCUAAGUUUUUUUAAAAACACCAAAAAGUGAAUGAGCUGGAACUGAGCUUCCUAAACUGUGACUGAAACUGUCUUCAUACAAUUUCUGAAGGACAAGCUUCUAUCUAGUUUGGACCCAAUAUCAUUUAAUGAUUUCAUUCUAGUUCUUGUUUACUACUCCUCUGCCUUAUAUUUCAGACAAAAAGUAACACAAGGUCAAUGUAUGGUGAAAAAUAAAUCAAAUACAUUACUAAUUUGAAUUCUUACCUUCAGUUACUACAGGAAAUUCUUUCCAAUAGGAAUGUUUUAAAGCCAUUCUUCUGAAUAUCUUAUCAGUUAUCAAACAUGACAAGCAUAAAGUAAACUGCUACUUUUCUGCUUAAAUGUUGCCAAGAUAUAUUAGAGCACGUUGUGAUUUGGGCACUUAAUUAUGUACUUCACAUUUCAUGAAUUUAAAGAAUUAUAGAUAAAUAAUUCUGCAUGUACAUUUAUUGUAUUGCUGUAUGUAUAUGUAAUCUCAAUAAAGUAACAAGAAUGCAGCGACAAUUAUUUACUUG